GCAGAGCCUGCGGGUUAGGUUGUGUGGCCCGGGCCGGGGGCGGGGAGGUGCCGAGCGGGAUCACAGCUAGCUCGGCCGCCCAAGUAGGUAGGGGUGAUCGGCGCACCCUUCAUUGAAGCGGCGGUGGCCGAUCUGGGCCCCGGGUGUGGGAAGCGACGGCGCGGCUGGAAAAUGCCGGUCCAUUCCCGCGGGGAUAAGAAGGAGACAAACCAUCACGAUGAGAUGGAGGUGGACUACGCCGAAAACGAAGGGAGCAGCUCCGAGGACGAGGACACGGAGAGCUCGUCGGUGUCGGAGGAUGGCGAUAGCUCAGAAAUGGAUGAUGAAGACUGUGAAAGAAGAAGAAUGGAGUGUUUAGAUGAAAUGUCCAAUCUUGAAAAACAGUUUACAGAUCUCAAAGAUCAACUUUAUAAAGAACGAUUAAGUCAGGUGGAUGCAAAACUACAAGAAGUCAUAGCUGGAAAAGCUCCAGAAUAUUUAGAACCACUGGCAACCUUACAAGAAAAUAUGCAAAUUCGUACCAAGGUAGCAGGAAUCUAUAGAGAGCUCUGCUUAGAAUCUGUAAAGAACAAAUAUGAAUGUGAAAUUCAAGCUUCUCGUCAGCAUUGUGAGAGUGAAAAGCUUUUGUUAUAUGAUACAGUCCAGAGCGAGCUAGAGGAGAAGAUCAGAAGACUCGAGGAGGAUAGACACAGUAUAGACAUUACCUCAGAGCUGUGGAAUGAUGAACUUCAGUCAAGAAAAAAGAGGAAGGAUCCUUUCAGUCCUGACAAAAAAAAGCCAGUUGUUGUUUCAGGUCCAUAUAUUGUUUAUAUGCUGCAAGAUCUUGAUAUUCUUGAAGACUGGACAACAAUUAGGAAGGCAAUGGCUACACUGGGUCCUCACAGAGUAAAAACAGAACCACCUGUGAAACUGGAAAAACAUCUGCACAGUGCUAGAUCUGAAGAGGGAAGACUGUAUUAUGAUGGUGAAUGGUAUAUACGUGGACAGACAAUAUGUAUUGAUAAAAAAGAUGAAUGUCCUACAAGUGCCGUAAUUACAACAAUUAACCAUGAUGAAGUUUGGUUUAAGAGGCCUGAUGGAAGCAAAUCUAAGCUUUACAUUUCACAGCUACAGAAAGGAAAAUAUUCAAUUAAACAUUCAUAAUCAUGAUUUAAGUGUUAUCUAAAUCUACCUUGUUAGUGUUACCAAUUUCAAUGUGCCAUGGGAGUGAAAAAAAAUGUAUUCAGUAACUUAAUAUUCUCAUUGAAUCAUGAGAGACUGUAUUUGUAGGCAGUAGACCUCAUAUUGAUAUGUUACUAAAAGAAACAGUGAUAAAAAAGUUUAAUCAUAAUCAUUACAUUUAUUUGCCUCUUAGGUCCAAUUACCAAUAGCUAUAUAUGGUAGGAAUUUCUUUCUAAAAGUUUUCCUUGUUUUUAAAAAUAAUUAUGCAAAUCUGUCUUUAGUGAA